AUGGCCGCUGGAGGCGCAACGAAGUCUCCCGAGGAGCAACAGGCGGCUAUCGAUGCCGCCAACGAGAACGUCUCCCUCUCCAACUAUCUGUACUACAUCUGCGCUGCCAUUGCCGCAGCCGUCAUCAUUUGGAGAGUAUGGACCGUCAUCGUCAGAUAUGUUCGUACCGUUGCCUGUCUCAACAACGACAACCAGCGCUACUUUGCCCAGUCAGACUCCAAGGUCUCCUGGAUGAAGAAGAACAUCCUCUACGCCCCGGUCAUGAGCAAGCGCCAUAACCGCGAAAUCCAGCUCAGUUCUGCCAUUAAUGUCGGCACCCUCCCCAGCCGACUCCAGCUUCUGUUCCUCACCGGUUACUUCGCCACGAACAUCGCUUUCUGUGUCAUUAACAUCCCCUUUGCCGGCUCUUUUGCCGCGGCUGCGUCGCAGCUGAGAAACCGAACUGGUACCUUGGCUGUUGUGAACAUGAUUCCCUUAUUCCUGAUGGGUGGCCGAAACAACCCUUUGAUUCCCAUGCUUGGCAUGUCCUUCGAUACUUUCAACUUGUUGCAUCGUUGGUUCGGCCGUAUUGUCAUUUUGGAGGCUCUUGCUCAUACGCUCGCUUGGAUGGCCAACACUGCCAACAAGAGCAGCUGGCAGGCAGCUAUCACCUCAGCAACGACCGUUCCCUUCUUGCUCUUUGGUUUUGUUGCCACUUGCGCUUUCGUGGCCAUCGGAAUCCAGGCUUCUAGCCCGAUCAGACACGCCUUUUACGAGACGUUCAAGUUCCUUCACAUUUUGCUCGCUAUCACGGCUGUUGUUGGUACCUGGUACCACUUGCAGAUGAAGGCCCUGCCCCAGCUCAAGUACAUGUGGCCCGUAAUCAUCUUCUGGGGCGGUGACCGCGUCUGGCGUGCCUGGAGGGUGUUUUACGGCAAUGUCGGGCACGGCGGCAGCAAGGCCCUCGUCGAGGCUCUUCCUGGCAACGCAUGCCGUGUUACGGUAACGAUGGCUCGACCCUGGACCUUUGGGCCCGGCCAGCAUGCCUACAUGUACAUGCCGUCCCUCAGCCUGUUGCAGUCUCAUCCCUUUUCCGUCGCUUGGAGCGAGGAGGCUGAGGAUCCUAUGGCUGAGAAGGGGUCCCUUAACCGUCAAGACAUUCUCGCCAUGCGCAAGACCACCAUGUCCUUUAUCAUCCGCGCCCGCACUGGAAUGACCGACACACUGUAUCGCAAGGCCGCUGCUUGUCCUGAGGGCAAAAUGACUACGACAUGCAUGGUGGAGGGGCCCUAUGGCGGACUGCACAGUAUGCGCUCUUAUGGUACGGUUAUGUUGUUUGCUGGCGGUGUUGGCAUUACUCAUCAGGUACCUCACGUUCGCGAUCUCGUCGCCGGCUAUGCGAACGGAACUGUCGCCGCAAGAAAAGUUAUUCUCAUCUGGACCAUCCAGAGUCCUGAGCAUCUCGAGUGGAUUCGCCCCUGGAUGACGGAGAUCCUGGCCAUGGAGAAACGCAGAGAUGUUCUCCGAAUCAUGCUCUUCGUCAGUCGGCCAAGGUCAACCAAGGAGAUUCACAGUCCUUCGUCUACUGUUCAAAUGUUCCCUGGACGCCCCAACAUCGAGACGCUCAUUAAGGCUGAGCAGGAGUCACAAGUUGGAACCAUGGGCAUCAGUGUCUGCGGUCCUGGCGCUCUCAGCGACGAGGUGCGCCGCGCCGUUCGCGACCGCCAGCAUGAUUCAGCCAUUGACUUCAACGAAGAGGCUUUCUCGUGGUAA